GUGGAAGUUAAAGUUCAAAUUUAAAGCCCGCGAUUCUAUUGUUUCAGUCUAGAAUCUCUUGCAAUUGCACAUGACCUGGCCAGGGUCUUCCAUCCUACUUGAGCAAACAACGAUGGCAGGUACACGCAAGGUUGUCCCUCGCAAGCGUGCUCAGUUAUCCAAUGAAGAUUCAGAACCCGAAUCUCUUCACAGCGACGCGCUCGAUGACCUUCCGCCCAAGAAACGCACGCGUUCUUCCAAUUCCAAGUCCGGCUCACCUUCGAAACCCAAGCCCAAGCGUAGGGCACGUAAAGCCAAGGAAGAUGAUGUUAAGGAUGAAGAGGAUGUAGAUGCCAGCGACGUAGAUCUGAAGGAGGGGCAGCAAGUUGUGGGUCGCGUUGUGCAAGCUCCAAAGACAGGCUGGGUGCCUCCUGGUCAGGUUUCACAGAACACGCUUGAUUUUCUAGCGCAACUCAAGGACCCUGCGUGUAAUGACCGCGAAUGGUUUAAGCUACACGAACCAGUUUACCGUCGCAUAGAAAAGGAAUUCAAGGACUUCAUCGAGGCGUUCACUAAUAUGCUCACAGAUGUCGACUCCCAGAUCCCACCAUUGCCCCCCAAAGACGUCAUCCACCGCAUAUAUAGAGAUGUCCGCUUCAGCAACGACAAAACACCGUACAAGAAGGGACUAUCUGCGAGUUUUUCGAGGAGUGGCAGGAAGGGGAUUUUUGCGUUUUUCAAGCCGGGUGACGAGAGCGUCAUCGCUGCAGGUGCAUGGUGUCCUGCUAAGAACGAACUCGCGACUCUCAGAAAUCAUCUGCUUCACUCCACACCCGCUGCUAAAAGUCUGCACACGAUCCUGUCCUCCAAAGCAUUUACUACCCAUUUCGGCCCUCCCCGCCCACACCCGCAUGGAGAUCGUCAAAGCGUGUUUGGGCAUGAAGAUGAAUUAAAGGUGGCGCCAAAGGGCGUGGAUAAGAACCACAAAGAUAUUGCCCUCCUCAAAUGUCGCUCCCUCGCAGUUUCUUGUCGGUUCACGGAUGCCCAAGUCGUUACACCUGGAUCCGAGUUUAUGGAUACACUACGUGGUGUUGCAGGUGUGAUGACGCCAUUUGUCCAUUGUUUGAAUGAUUUGAUGACGCUUCCUGUGGAUCACGGUUCGGAUGAAGAGGACGAGGAAGAUGAUACUGGGGGUCCGCAGGAAGAUGAGGGUGAGGGCGGAGAUGAAUAACGAAUAGGAAGCCUGAAUUCAUUUACCAAAGCUGAGCUGGCUGUUUAAAUAUUGCCGGUAUUAAUUUUCUCGCGUAUCUUACUGCCAUCUAGUAUACACGGUGUAAACUAUUUGACACAUGCACGAUGGCGAUUGUGUCUACCCCGGGCCCAUCACUCACUAGUCUAAAGCUAACCUUCGUUGGAUAAAUGGUAACUUCACCUCAGUAUGGGUGC